AUGGCCGAAGAACACGCGAAAUACACGCUCUAUGUGAAUAACCUGAGCGACCAGUUAUCGCUGGAGAAGCUGAGGGAGAACUUGUUCGUGUUCUUUUCAACUUUUGGGCAGGUGGUGGACGUUAUCGUAUCUCCAAACACAAGGGGACAGGCCUUUGUACUGUUUGCCGGGGUCCAGGACGCCAAGCUCGCUCUCAGAUCAUCGCAAGGAGAGGUUCUGUUUGGGAAGCCAGUACAGGUGGCAUGGGCUAAGGAGGAUGCAAAGAAGUUGGAGUCGUUGAAGGGUUAG